GAAUGGAUUCUACUGGUCCUUGUCUACGCCGUUAUCGCCAUGCGUAUCUAUAUGCGCCAAUCUCGCUUCCGAAAAAACCUAGAUAUAGCUGGCUAUCUUCUAAUCGUCUUUGCCCUUAACGCUUUAGCUCUAACGACUUGGGAUACAAUUGUAUACAACACAGGUGCAUUAAAUGGCAAAGUAAGGUCUAAGUUACUAUCUAAAGUAGGUUUUGAUAUAAGUAUUUGCUUCUUCUUGUGGAUCUGCGCUUUUUUUACGACGUAA